AUGCUGCAGGGUUCGUCCAUCAACUCUUCCAGUGCAUCAAUAACAUCUGAAACUCAAGAAAAUGAUGCUGGUAUAAAGAACAGGAUUUUGAUGAUGGGCGGCGAUUCUGAACAUGAGCGUCUUGCACUUGUACAAGAGAUUAUGCAACGGAUCGCUUCCAAGCCUGUCGAGCCCAUUUCUACCUGGCAUGCACUUGCAACCCAUUAUCCAUCACAAUCGGAUCCUAUACCGGAAACUGAUCAAGUCGAGUCGUUGGUUUAUGCAAAUAUUGAUACAAAAUACUAUCAAGCCGAAGUAGCUUUUCAAAUCUCAAUGGAGCAACCGUGGCUAGAUACUUAUACUGAAGACACUCGUAAUUUUGGCAGUGAUGAACUUUGUCGUGGAAACAUUGAUGCUAUAGUCUAUGUUGCCGACAAGACUCAAUCUAUUGAUCAACUGUACCAAAUUCUUGAAUGGAUGAAAGCAUAUACCAUGGAGUUUGAUACCAAUAUUUCUUUGUUGGUUGUAAACGACUUUGCAGCAGAUGUAUUUGAUUCUCAAACCGAGUUGGAUGAAAAGUGUUUGGAUGCGGGUGUCGAGUUGAUUGUGUGGACUCCACUGCCCUUGGUUGAUCCACUUGUUGCAACGGAUCCAACCUCUACCUUGACUUCUCGAGCAUUGGGAUCGCUUUUAAAUGCGGAUGGAAAUAUGGGUGAAGAAGUCACAGGUUUAGAUCGUAUUUUGGAGGUCCUAUCAAUCAAUAUGUGGGAUGGAUUAAAACGCAAGGAUGAAAUAAACUUUACUGGCAACAAUGAGGGCAAAGGCACGAUUUCUCCACCUGAACAAAUCAUCAAUCCAUCCAACGACAAUUUUGGAGCCUACACAAUGGCUGAUGUAGAUGAUCUAAGCAAGCAGCUGUUUGGUGAUAUGGCGGAUGAAGAUGGAUUUGAACGAACAUUGGAAACACUUCAAAAAUUACGGUUACAAGGAGAAGGUAUGUCAGAAGCUGAUCGACGUACUCUUGCUGAAAAAGUGGCAUUGGCAUUUCAGCUGCAACUUGCUGCAGAGAGUGACGAAGAGAAUGAAUAUAAACGAGCCUGA